AGGUGGCAGAGCAGCAAACAAAAGCACGUCCAGCUCCUUGCUGAAGGGGAGAGAGCUCUGCCCGUGGGUUCACCUGGCAAGGAAAGGAGGGGAGGACGUUUUGCACUUGACAGCAAGUUCCACCAGCAGAAUGACGGACGCUGACGUAGCACUCCCACCAAUCGAGGGAAAGCUGGGACUGCAGAUAUGGAUCAUUGAGAAAAUGAAAAUGGUUCCUCUUUCGGAAAAGGCUUAUGGGACAUUUUUUGAAGGGGACUGUUACAUCGUAUUACAUAACAAGAAAACCUCCAAUGGUUUCACCACCGACCUACACUUUUGGAUCGGCAAGGAUUCCUCUCAGGAUGAGCAGGGUGCUGCAGCCUUAUACGUCACCCAGAUGGACAGCCAGCUUGGGGGGAGCCCAGUGCAGCACCGGGAAGUGCAGGGCUAUGAGUCGGAAACCUUCAAGAGCUAUUUCCGAAAAGGCAUCAUUUACAAGAGGGGUGGGGUAGCUUCAGGAUUCAAGCAUGUGGAGACCAAUGUGUACAACAUCAAACGCCUCCUUCAGGUCAAGGGGAAGAAGCAUGUAUCAGCCACAGAGGUGGAUCUGUCUUGGGACAGUUUCAACAGGGGGGAUGUCUUCCUGCUGGACCUUGGCAAGGUGCUGAUCCAGUGGAACGGGCCUGAAUGCAACAACGCUGAGAAGUCCAGGGGAAUGGCUCUGGCUCGUAGCAUUAGGGAUGGUGAGAGAGGUGGCCGUGCCCAGAUCGGCAUCAUUGACAACGAGAAGGAUUCCCCGGACCUCAUGCAGAUCAUGAAAACCGUGCUGGGGGAGAGGCGCGGGGAGCUCCGGAGCGCCACCCCGGACAUGAAAGCGGACGAGCUGCAGAAGGCCAACGUCCGGCUCUACCAUGUCUACGAGAAGGACAACGAUUUGGUGGUGCAGGAAAUCGCCACCCGGCCCCUGACGCAAGACCUCCUCCGACAUGAGGACUGUCACAUUUUGGACCAAGGAGGUUUUAAGAUCUAUGUUUGGAGAGGAACGGACUCCUCCAAAGAGGAAAAGAAACAAGCCUUCAACCGAGCUCUGGGUUUCAUCCAAGCCAAGGGCUAUCCUGCCACCACCAACAUAGAAGUGAUAAAUGAUUGCGCAGAGUCAGCCAUGUUCAAGCAGCUCUUCCAGAAGUGGACAGAAAAGGAUGAAAGCCAAGGGCUGGGCAAAAUCUACACUACUGGCAAAAUUGCCAAGGUGGAUCAGGUGAAGUUUGAUGUCACUCAGCUACACGCCAGACCAGAGUUGGCUGCUGAACAGAGAAUGGCAGACGACGCCUCCGGGAAAGUUGAGGUGUGGAGGAUUGAAGAGCGGGAAAUGCGGCCAGUGGAUCUCAAGAUGUAUGGGCAGUUCUACGGAGGUGACUGUUACCUGGUCCUAUACACCUACCUGAAAUCGGGCAGACCUCAUUACAUUAUCUAUAUGUGGCAAGGCCGCCAUGCCUCUGUGGAUGAAGUCACAGCCUGUGCCCUCAACGCCAUUGAGCUGGACAGGAAGUAUGCAGGUGAACCCGUGCAGGUCCGGGUGACGAUGGGCAAGGAGCCGCCCCAUUUCCUUGCCAUCUUCAAGGGCAUUCUGAUCAUUUAUGAGGGGGGCACAAGUCGCGGUCGACAGAGCGAGCCUGAACCCACAGUCCGCCUCUUCCAAGUGCGGGGCACAGAUGAAUUUAAUACCAAGACCAUCGAGGUGCCAGCUCGGGCCUCCUCACUCAACUCCAACGACGUCUUCCUGCUGAAGACCAUCCAAGUCUGCUACCUGUGGUGUGGAAAGGGCUGCAGCGGGGACGAGCGAGAGAUGGCGAAGACGGUGGCCGACAUCAUCUCCAGACAUGACAAGCAGACCAUUCUGGAGGGACAGGAGCCAGCAGAGUUCUGGGUAGCUCUGGGAGGGAAGGCGCCAUACGCCAACAGUAAGAGAUUGCAAGAGCCGACCAUGCGAUACGAGCCCCGUCUCUUCGAGUGUUCCAACCAGACUGGACGGUUCAUCAUGACGGAGAUAGUGGACUUCUGCCAGGAUGACUUGGAUGAGGAUGAUGUCAUGUUGCUAGACACAUGGGAUGAGAUUUUCCUGUGGAUUGGCAAAGCCUCCAAUGCCUAUGAAAAGAAUGAGACCGUUACCGCGGCCAAGGAAUAUCUGAAGACGCAUCCUGCUGGAAGAGAUUUAGCCAUUCCAAUAGUGAUCGUGAAACAAGGCCUGGAGCCUCUCACCUUCACAGGCUGGUUCAAUGCUUGGGACCCAUAUAAGUGGAGCGAUGGCAAGUCCUACGAGGAGAUGAAGAACAGCUUGGGAGAUCUGUCUGCUAUAUCGGAGAUCACAGUGGAUCUUAACAACGCCAACCUGAAUAAGAAAAAUGCAAACACUACAAGCAUAGCUGGUUCAGGAGCAGCAAGUGCUUCACCGAAGUACAAACCACACCCCACCAACAACAGCGGCUACAACAGUACCAGUAACUACAGUAACGACAACUCGCCUUCACUAGUGACCAAUGGAAAUGGAGCGUAUUCCAGAGAGGUGCUCAUCAACAAGACAGUGGAUGAGCUCCCAGAAGGAGUAGACCCCACUAAAAAAGAGUACUAUCUCUCUGAUGCUGACUUUCAUGACAUCUUUGGGAAAUCCAAGGACGAGUUCUACCAGAUGCCCAAAUGGAAGCAGCAGAAUGAGAAGAAACAAUAUGGACUCUUUUGAAGCAGAGACUGGCUGUGGGACCAAAUCCUGAGCUCUAGGCAGCUACAAGGGAAAAUCCUAGACACUGUCCAAAAGCAGAACCAACCAACCAACCAACCCAACAAGGCCAAACUUUGAUGCAGUCUUUGGGGUCAGACGGACUGUGGAAUUGCUCUUCCUUUCCUCCUGCAAAUGGUGGAAAGUAGGAAGCAACCUCCUGUAGCUCUAAGUCUGAGCUUUGAUAUUUUCUUGCCAGUUUUGUACCACGAUUUGCCAAUACCUACAAAGAUGUGCAAGUGUAGUGUUCACGUGUUGGAUGCUGCUUUUGAGAAUUGCCAUGUCUUCAAGGUCAGGGGGUUUCUUUCACUUGUCAUAGUUUGGGGAUUAAUCAGGACCAAAAAGUAUGCAAUAUGGGAGCUGGAGUAGCCAGAUAGUAAGCAUCGUGAUGCUUUCAAAUGGACCAAGCCUGCUUCCAGUUCUAACUCCCCCAAAAUGGUUUUUCCCAGUGAAGAGCAAUGAAGGUAAAUGUUUGAUUAAUAUCCAGCACCUUAAAUGAAGCAAACAAAUCAGAACGUGGCUUGGAAAUACCAUGGUUUCAUAUUUAUUAAAUAGUUUAUUUUAAAAGAGGGUAGUAAUUUAGGGCCAAACAUGGCUUUCACUUUCCACCAUUGAAUUGGGGUCUAAUUUUGAUAUCAAAGGUGUGUCAUUGUGACCUUGUGCCCAUAGAAAGCCAACUUGAGCCUACUGACAUUUCCCUCAGGCUCAAGCGUCUGCCCAUUUAUAUCCAGUUGCAGCCUCAAAAUCAUAUGAAGCUAUUUGGGAGAAUCGGGCCCUAAGUUUUUGUCUCCAUGUGCUCUUUCAGUGCUUCAAACCCAUAUUCUGUGCCAGGUACAAGAGAGACACGUUCUGUGCUAGGAGCUGAACUUUGAUUUGGGGGGGACACAAGUGAUCACAAUGUAAUGGAUCUAGCUUUACAAAAAAUAAAAAGGAAAAAAAAAGGCUGUUUUGCAGCUUUA